UCUUCAUUAUUUAAUCACAUACACUGGGAAACCCCGCCCCCUCAUCGUUUGAUUGACAGCUCUGAUCCCGAGACAGCAGGGUGGCCAGUCACGCUCUCGCCAUGCAAAUGAGCCGCGCUCAGGCCGGGCGGGUGCCCAUGUGGACCAGCACCAUGCCUUGUUGUUCUGAGCGCUGAUUGGCUCCCUGGCGACUGAUUGUUCUUCAUGCGCUGCGGGCCAGCGGCGGGAAGGAAGACAUGGAGGACCGGCGACUUCAAUAGGACUUCACUUUCUCGAGUCACACAGAGAUUCGCGGGUACACCGUGAACCCGUUUCGCUCCCGGGGCUUUCGAGCAGAGGUUAUGAAAAUUCUGAGGGAAAGGUUUUGACUUAGGAGGGCUAACGGGUCUUACAGAGUGUGACAGCGCGGAGGAGCAGGGAGCGGUACGGUCGCCGGGUUUUGUCGGAGGUUGUAGUAACAGGGCGGGGCAGGAAUCCGGGAGGGGUGGGCCUUAACGAGAACACGACUCGCCUUGUUGUGUGUAUUCCCGUGCUCGCAUCGCCAUCUUGUUGCAAUCCUAUUUUUUACGUAUGCCAGGAUCUACUUUCCGUUCGGCCGGAUUACAAAUCGUCCGUGUGCUUUUCGGAAAAACACAGGGGACGAAAAGCUCGGGUGUGCGGGUCUGAACCGUGCACACGGCGCUUCCUACCGGGACACUACCUACCCCCUCUGUCUUUCGUCUUCCGUCCCGGGCCACCGGGUCGCCUGCCGUCAGGGUUUACGCGCAAUGAGCAUCGAUACGCUUCUGGAGGCGGCCAGAUAUCUGGAAUGGCAAGCCCAGCAACAACAGAUCACACGUGAGGAAGAGCAGCGCAAAGAGAAGGAGCUCAUCAACAGGGAGGCAGAGUCAAGGCGCGUGGAACUUGUGACCUCACUGUCGCAGCCAGUCAGAGCCAACCACAUCACCUGGAGCGAUGACACUCACCGCCAGCAGCUGCAUCAACCUCCUGCCCAUCCGCCCCCCUCCCUCCCGCCUCCUCAAGUCCCCAUUGCUGUCAUCCCAAUGGUCCCCGUUGUCACCGCGACACCCUCGGUCCCGCACCUCCCGCUUACCACACCAAUCGCUGCAGCAGCGACACUCAAAUGCUCCCCGCCAGCCAAGAACGCCCCCCCCCCCCCCCCCCCCCACGCGCAGCAGCAGCAGCAGCAGCUGCAGCAGCAGCAGCAGCAGCAGCCUGCCUCUCCUCACCUUUUGUGUGCCCCUCAGUUAAUAGAGACCGGUCAGCAGCUUGUUGGUGCAAAGCCCAGUCAAUCACAGCCUCAGGUUCAGAUUCAGUACCCAACCUCGAUCAGCACUAAUGGCUCUGGUUCUCAACAUGCACUGCUCCCCCAUCAAGCUUCACCCACAUCUCAGCCGCGGCCUAAUGGGGUAACAAUGGAGGACAUGAGGGGGAUGGAAGGGAAGAGGAGACCAGGAGGAGCGGGGACCAGAGAGGUGCACAACAAACUGGAGAAGAACAGGCGAGCGCACCUUAAAGAGUGUUUCGAGACGCUGAAGAAGAACGUUCCAAAUGUUGACGAGAAGAAAACCUCCAACCUCAGUGUUCUCCGCAGCGCUCUGCGUUACAUACAGACUCUGAAGAGGAAGGAGAAGGAGUAUGAGCACGAGAUGGAGCGCUUGGCCAGAGAGAAGAUUGCUACGCAGCAGCGGCUGGCCGAGCUGAAGAACGAGCUCAGCCAGUGCAUGGACGUCAUCGAGAUCGACAGAGUCCUCCGACAGACCAUCCAGCCAGAGGACGACCAAGCCUCCACGUCUACCGCCUCAGAAGGAGAAGACAACUUUGAGCAGGACAUUGAAGAUGAUGUCCCUGCUCCUCCUCCUGCUGCCACGUCCAUCCCCAAACCGACACCCCCCAUCUUACAAGCCCAGCCGCUCCUCACCUCUCACCUGUCAAUCCAGCACACCACCCUGCCUCUCUCUGGUGUCCUGACUACAUCCUCCUCCUCAGCUCACCCUCAAGCCAUCGCCCCGGCCCCAGGUCUGCCCCCUCACCCCAUCCAGCCCCCUGCUAUGCAAGUCCAGCCCACGGUUAUCGCUCAUGCCGCUGUCUCCCACCCCUCAGUCAUCCAGGCUGUCAAUCACGGCCUGCCAGCCAAUCACAAACACCUGACGCACAUCGCCCCGUCACCUGGCCCCACCUCCUCCACCCCUCAGCCAAUUGCAGCGGCUCCAGCCACCACACACCAGCAGCUAGCCGCCCAGCCUAUCGGACACAUCACUGUCCACCCAGUGGCUCACCUGGGAGGUCCCUUGCCAUCCCACAUCCCGACUCUGUACCCGCAGGGCGUGUCUGUGUCACAGCCCACCAUGGUGGGCCACAUCACUCACACCUUCACCCAUCACACCCUGCCGCAUGUCCAGGCUAAUCCUCAAGCUAACACUAACGGAGCCCAGGUGAACAGCGCAGCCGUGAUGAGCCAGGGGAGCCCGUCGCUAGGGAAACCCACGGCAGUGCUGGCCCCCCACCCACAACUGGUCGGACAGGCUGCCGUCCUCAACCCUGUCACCAUGGUUACAGUCCCAACCUUUCCUGUCAGCACACUCAAACUGGCCUGAAUGAUGGAUAGACUGACGGAUGAAAGACGUGAGAAGGAGAGAAAGAUUCAGAACCUCUGAAUGACUUUUCACACUCCUACCAAUAAUCAAUCACAGAGAAUCUCUGACAGACACAUGAAAAAAACAUCAGCUGUUUUUGGACACCUUGAGAUGAAUAUCUCCAGAGAUAUUCUGAUCACAGAUCAGAUCGGUUGUGAUCAGGGACAUUCAAGUCAAGUCAGUGGGUCAGGCCAUUGUUUGUGAAAAUAAGACUGUGACAUAUGUCUGCGCUGCAAAGACAGGAACUCUGUUUGACCUUCCUUCUUUACCUCCUCCUUCCUUCUUUUCCUUCCUUCCUUCCUUCCUUCCUUCCUUCCUUCCUUCCUUCCUUAAUAACCAGAAGCACUAACAUAAUAAGCUCAGUUCACACUCAGGCAUCAAGGAUUUACCUUAACUAUUCAUUCACUCAUUGAGGGAAAACGCAUGAGAGAGUUUGUCAUCAGACUGUUGCUGUGGUGAUAUGUGCCCUUUUGUAUUCAUUUAUCGUGAUGUUAUGUGGGACAUUCUGGUGGAAUAAUGUCAGUGAUGUGUUUGAGAGGAGGAGGAAGCAGCUCAGUGGUCUGAUUUAAUGAAGCAGCAGAGCUAACACAUUGUCACUUACUGAUGCAAUUCUCCUUUUUUGGUUGUGUUGCUUCCUGUUCAUUUUUCCUUCUUGCUUUCGCCCCGAUCCCAGCACAAACCUGCUCCUUGAAGUUACCGUUUACCUCUGCAGCUUCCUUCCAAAUGAAGGGUUCUCAACACUGCACAGCUUGCAAAUAGUUCAAGAAAAAAUAAUGAAGAGUGCAAUAAUCAAACUGGAUCCAAAAGAGUUACAGUACAAGUUACGAAAAGAAGGACAAAGACAAACUUUACGUGAUCACUGGUCUUGUGGAGAAGUCAUGUCUACGACAACAUGACCUUUGCUGUUACAGAGAUUGAAUUUCCUUUUAGGAAACUACUAAACUACAGAUAUAAAAGUAGAGCAGCAAGUUUGAGGGAAGCAGUCAGAAAGUCAGGUUCUGUCUGGCAAAAUGGGAUUUACUGAAGUCAUUCAUGCAGUCAGUUACAUGUAUAAAGGCAGUGCACUCCAGUUUUGAGCAGUCUGGUGGUGAAAAGCUUGGUCAGAGUUAAGUGUCAACUCUCUUCUAAGAGCUUCAAAGAUUUGAUUCUUUUGGUGCACACAGCUUAGAGAGAUACGCCAAGAUGAUUCCACUGCAAGAAAUCGGAGCAACCUGCACGCACGCAGAUCUGUCAGCACAAUGUUUGAAGCAUAAAAACUCAGGACACCAGCCAAUAUCUUAAAGUGUUUGUGUGUGCAUCACAUCAGCUUUUAAUGAGAUUGUAAUUCCAUUACAAACCGGUCAGGCCUGUAACAGACAGUGUGGACAGCGGUGAAGCCGCACAUCAGGCUCAUUGAAGAUCUACAUGGAAAUUUUUUCAAAGACAGAAGAUGCAGACAUCCCGUGUAACCGCCGCCAACUGCUCUCAAGUGUUCAGUGACAGGUUUCCUCUUCACUCUCUUCUCUCUAAUGCAACAGCUCCCUCUGCUGCCUCAUCCCAGACCUCAUGCUGGUGUUACUCACACAACACAAACUUCCUGCACAGCCCUUUAAAUUUUGGGAAAAGAAAGAUGCACAGAGUUUAAAGUUCUCACAGGGUGACAGCAACAGAAAGGCUUCUACAGUAGAGCUUGAAUAGUUUUUUUACUGAUGCAUGUUCCUUACAAGUCUUGAAACGUUUGGAUAUAGCACAAAAAAUGAAAGAAGUUUGUGAAUAAAAAUUUGGCAUUGACAUGACAAAUGACAUCAACCAAACCCAAAUCCUCUGCUCUCUGCUGACACGCUUUGUGUGUGUAUGUUUAUGUGUGUUUAUGUGCACAUACUCAAAAAAUUCAUGGGUUUCACAGGCUUUUCCUCCGGUCUAUACAUGUCACACAUGAAAUCUCCUGUUAGCGUAUGUGUAUGUAGUCAAUGUUGCGCGAUCUACUCCUCGCCUCUUCUGCUGUUUCUGUCUGUUUGUCUGUCUGUACAUGUGACCGUAUUCAAUAUGUUUUAUAUUCUGUACUAUAGUUAAUCCUACUGUACCUGUAGCAUGGCUCUGUCUUUUUUGGUUAUACACUUUGACCUGUGCAUGAUUGUGUGUGUGUGUGUGUGUGUGUGUGUGUGUGUGUGUUGUGUGUGUGGCAAGCAAGUUAUUUUUUUACACAGAGGUCAUUUAUGGUAUGAGCCUGUUUGGGUGCUAUUGUGUGUGCCUAUACUCAGUUUUCCUGGACACUGUGACAACUCUGGCGAAACACGUACACAUUGAGCGAAUGGAAGAGACAGAUUUACUGUCUUGGUUGUUUUUUUAUGUUUUGAAGUUUUGGACUGAACCAUGAGGUGGAAAAGGUAAAAGAAAAAAAAAAGUUGUUGCUCUUUUCUUGAUAACACAAUAAUGUCUAAUAUUCAAUUUGAGUUUUGUAAUAUUUGUAUGUACGUAUGAAAGUUUUGUAAAUUUGUGAUCGUAUGCACGUUUUGGCAUAUGACUGUAUGUAUCUUUUGAAAAUGCUUGUUUCUUUCUGGGUUUGUUUUGCAUGUAGAUUGCUGUUUAGUUUCUUUUGUUUCAAGGUUUUGUUUUUCUGUUUUUAUUUUUGGGACCAUGUACAAUACUGUAUAACGUGGGCAAGAUCUUGGACCUCAUGCUACAUUACAUUGAUAUUAUAUAUGAAUAUAAAAACAUGUUUUCCCUAUGGAGAAAGUUUUAAGUUAUAUAUCGCCUGUACACUUUGGGCUGCCUUUUAGAUCUAACUGUCCACUGUUUAAGAUAACCAUGAUGAUAAUGGAUACAACAUAUUAAUUAUGAAGAAUUAUGCUGAUGAAAUAAUAAAGAUUCUUAAUAAAUCUUAUUACAUUUACAACA